AUGGACGCUACUAAUAUCCACCCACCCGCAUCUGAACAGGAGGAUGACGAAGAGAUAUCCCGAGUUCUCGAAGAGAGUAUGUGGGACUAUCACCAGAGCUUGAAUACGACCUUGCUCGCAUCGUUCGACGAGGAUGACGGUGAUGUCCCGCAAAUCCCUUCCACCCUAGAGCCGUCCUUGUCUGUUAGCGAGGAAAUACGUACUGCGACCACCACUGCUUUGCAAAAGCGAGAGCGCACCGAGAGCAGCACUACGGUGGAUAUCGUUGGAAUUCGUGAUCGCAUAUUCACCUGUGGUAUAUGCGUUGCCGUGUCGGAGACG